GAGAGAAGUUGAAUUCAUUCGUGUUUCUCGCCUUAUCGAGAGCGUACGUGAAAUUCGGCAUCGCAUUUCUUGUUAUUUUAUGAAAGAUUUUAAACAUCAACAGACGAGCAAUGUCUCCACCAACAGGUCCAGGCUGCAAAAGCUUCAUGCUUUCUUGUGAGCACAAAACGCACUCUCCUCUGGCAAUGUUAGCAGCAACAUGCAAGAAAAUUGGACAACAGUCGUCUAUGUUUGAUGUGGAACAGACAAAAAAAUUGUUCCAGCCCUGGCAAACAGAUGUUUCAAUUCACUCGAGAGUUUUGCAGCGUUGCCAUGAUCACUCGUUGAUCUCGCAUAAAGAGUCUCAACUUCGCCCAGACUUUCCAUGUGUCAGUUCACAUUCAAAGGUCCCAGUCGCCCCUGUCACAGUGCUGUCAAUCUCUCCUGAAAUGAAAAAGAGCAACCAGUAUGCAUUUGAGCCAACCUCGAGAGUUUCAGCACCCCAUUGCCCAGUUAAGCACAACUGUUCCCUUGCAAGCCCGGUAAAGAGCACUGCCUCGCAGCCACGCCAUAUAUCUGUCAAUCAUGAACCUUUAUUGCCAUCAUGGCUAGGCCAUCAAGCUGGUAUCCAAGGACAUUUUCUUGUCAACCCAAACUCGCUUCUUCCUCUACCACAACUUCCUAGCAGCAGCACUCCAUCUUCAAGCAGUCAUCCGCCAAUGAUGAACAUGGGUAGCGUGUCUCACUCUGGUCCAAUGCGGUCAUCCAACUCGCCUUCGGUGGGAGUGACCCGGAGGUGUCGCAGGUGCAAAUGCCCGAACUGUCAAUCGGGCAGAAGCUCGCCUAAUAAGCCGAAACAGCACAUCUGCCACAUCCCAGGAUGCGGAAAGGUGUACGGAAAGACUUCACAUUUGAAAGCACACCUUCGCUGGCACAGUGGAGAGAGGCCUUUUGUUUGCAAUUGGUUAUUCUGCAAUAAGAGUUUCACUAGAUCGGAUGAACUGCAGCGUCAUCUGAGAACGCACACGGGCGAAAAGAGAUUCUCUUGUUCCGAAUGCGGCAAAAGAUUCACUAGAAGCGAUCACUUGUCAAAGCAUAUGAAAACGCAUUCGAACAGCAAGAAGGGAAGCAUAGCAGAAGACACUGACGAGUCAAUGGACUCGAAAAUAAACGAUGAAAAUGUCGAUGUUACUAGUAUUACUGAAACUGAUAAUUUGCUUCAAGUAGAGUAAAGUGCUGACAUGAUCAGCUUGUAUAUUAGUGCUUGUGAUAUUAUUGUACAAAUUUCAAAUUAUCCAACAAGCGAAACAGUAACACACUUGGUGUAAGAUUAACCUGAUGCAAAUGUGAUACACAAUCACAAUUUUUAAUAAAAGUUCAAGCAAGGAUUGACUGUUCUGAAACGUUGUGUUACUGAUUUGUUUGUGUUAAUAACUGUAAAUAUUAGAUAUUGUAGAAUUAUAAUGUAGAUAGAAGUCCAAUGUAGAUAGAAGUUCUUAGUAAAUAUGAGGAAGAAGAUUAUUGAAAACAAACAA